AUGGCCCCAAAAACCCUGCUUAUUUUCUGCGACGGUACUGGCAUGGACGGAACUUUGGCUCCCCCUAAAUCCGACGUCAAUGCUCGGGACAGCGUGGAGGCAGCAGCUCUGCAACUUUCCUCUACCCUCGCUGACUCCAGCCUUAAACCCCAAUAUCUGCCUCGCCUUGAAGGCACCCAUAUUCGUACGGACGAAGCUUUGCCUCAACUGAAAUCCGAAAAAAUCGACGAGGACAGCCUCGAAUUUUCAACUCAGUCACUUACGGGCAUAGGCAUUGAAGAUGUAGCAGGCGGUAAUGUUCAGUAUGCUACGAACGUAAUCCGUCUCUCGCGCUCUAUCAAAAGUCAUGAUGCGAACGGGAACCGACAAAUCGCGUUUUAUCAGAGCGGCGUGGGGUCUGAAUCGACUUUCAAGGGUGAUCAGAUAACUGGCACGACUGCUAUGCAGGCCCUAGGAACCGCUGUCGCGAGCAAAAUACGCGAUGCUUAUGUUUUCAUUGCUCAGAACUUUGAUGACGGAGACGAAAUCUGCCUCUUUGGGUUUUCCAGGGGCGCUUACACAGCUCGAAAAUUGGCUGGAUUGAUUGAUCGGAUUGGUUUGUUGACUCGCGAACAACUUGGGUUUUUCUUUGAGAUCUGGCUUGAACUGGUGGACGAUAAAACGCCCCAGAUCCCGCCUGAUACUCGGCGCCCUACUAUCAAAUGCGUUGGAGUCUGGGACACCGUUGGCUCCGUCUACAAGGAAAUCGAUGCCUUGAGCAUUGUCGAUACUGAUCUUCCAAAAACAAUCAAGGUCGCUCUUCACGCAAUAUCUUUGCAAGAAAAUCGAAUGAAAUUCCUUCCUACGUUGUGGACCAUUCCGAAGGGAGGUCUGGGAGCCAAUCAAGUUCUUAAACAGGUUUGGUUUGUUGGUGCUCACUCUGAUGUUGGAGGGCGCUACGAGCGCCAUGAGCUGGCUGAUAUCAGUCUCUAUUGGAUGACAGGAAAGCUUAAAUCUUUCAUUGACAUUGAUCUCAAGUUCUUGCGAACAUUUGCCCAAGUCAAACCCAACCCAUGGGGAACGUCUCAGCCACACAACGCCUACAAGGAUACUCCCAUUGCAUUGCGGCCGAUCAUUGGACAUGAAACACGUCUCGAAAGCAAUCAGAUUGUCCAGCAAUCUGUCUUCCACGAGAGCGUUAGAUAUUCGCCUCAGCAGCUCGCUUCACCAGACUACAUGAUUACCAUGAGUAUUAUUCAAAAGAAAUUUGGUUCUGACUUUAAACCUCAAUAUCUUGCCUUGAACGAAUUCGAACAGUACUGCAAGGAUCAUUGGGGAAGAGGCCUGUCAAUAAGUCAUGGCGUCGAAAGCCCUGCCUCAGUUAUCCGGUCAACCGCCCGUUGGGUAGGCAUGCUCCCUCGGUCCUUGUUUCUUCUUGACACGCUGUGA